GGGGGGUCCCUUCCGCUCGCGCCGAGGGAGAGCGCGAGUCACGCGCUCGUUUUUUCAAGGGGAAGAGCCCAGCCGCCGUUUCCGACUGGUGGAAGUGGCGGGUUUUCUGCUUUCCCUGCCGGCUCGUGUCCCUUGGCGGCGUGGGCAGUUUCGCCGCUCUCUGGCCGCCGCCUGGGCGCUUCUUCAGAUCUUUCAAGGAAGCCAACGACGGAAAAGAGACACGCCUGCAUUUUCUACCUCUGCCAGACCCAGUCUCCAGUGCUGGCCCCCCUGAUGGCAGUUGGCACUUCCCUGUGAAACCUGCCAAGCUGGCCGCCACAGCUUUGAACGACUGCACUUUGGCUGCCACUGUGCCCUCUCCUGAGACAACCAACCAUGCAGUCCUAGCCUGUAAUGCAGGCAUUCAUGAAGAGCACUAUGUAAGUGAAGCCGUGGAAAAUGAGGUGUCAGACUACAGGGAGUACAGAGAUGCCGGCACCAUUACCGAUGUGUGCAAUAGUACUGAUCUUCCCGAAGUUGAAAUCAUCAGCCUGCUGGAAGAGCAGCUGCCCCACUACAAGUUAAGAGCAGAUACAAUCUAUGGUUAUGACCACGACGACUGGCUUCAUACUCCGCUCAUUUCUCCAGAUGCUAAUAUUGACUUAACAACUGAGCAAAUUGAAGAGACACUGAAAUACUUCCUUUUAUGUGCUGAAAGAGUGGGCCAGAUGACUAAAACAUACAAUGAUAUUGAUGCUGUUACACGACUUCUUGAAGAGAAAGAGCGGGAUUUAGAAUUAGCUGCUCGAAUUGGCCAGUCAUUGUUAAAGAAGAAUAAAACUCUAACUGAGAGGAAUGAACUCCUUGAAGAACAAGUAGAGCAUAUCAGGGAAGAGGUUUCUCAGCUACGUCAUGAGCUGUCCAUGAAAGAUGAACUGCUUCAGUUUUAUACCAGUGCUGCUGAAGAGAGUGAGCCAGAAUCCAUCUGUUCAACUCCGUUGAAGAGGAAUGAGUCGUCUUCAUCCGUCCAGAACUAUUUUCAUUUAGAUUCUCUUCAAAAGAAACUUAAAGACCUUGAAGAGGAAAAUGUUGUGCUUAGAUCAGAGGCCUGCCAGCUGAAGACCGAGACCAUUACUUAUGAAGAGAAAGAGCAGCAACUUGUGAAUGACUGUGUGAAGGAGCUCAGAGAUGCAAAUAUCCAGAUUGCCAGUAUCUCUGAAGAGUUGUCCAAGAAAACUGAAGAUGCUGCACGACAGCAGGAAGAAAUCACCCAUCUUCUCUCUCAAAUAGUGGAUCUGCAGAAAAAGGCAAAAGCUUGUACAGUGGAAAAUGAAGAACUUGUCCAACAUUUGGGAGCAGCUAAAGAUGCCCAAAGGCAGCUCACAGCAGAAUUACGAGAGUUGGAAGACAAGUAUGCAGAGUGCAUGGAAAUGCUUCAUGAGGCACAAGAAGAGCUGAAGAACCUUCGGAACAAAACAAUGCCAAAUGCCAUAUCACGCCGUUACCACUCAUUAGGCCUUUUCCCCAUGGACUCCUUGGCUGCAGAAAUUGAAGGCUCAAUGCGAAAAGAACUGCAUCUAGAUGAUUCUGACUCCCCUGACUUAACCCAUCCCAAGAGAGUCUUUGACACAGUGCGAAACGUCAACCAGGUGGUAAAGCAGAGAUCGCUAACUCCAUCUCCGAUGAACAUCCCAGGAUCUAACCAGUCUUCAGCAAUGAACUCGGUCAUUUCUAGUUGUGUCAGCACACCAAGAUCCAGCUUCUAUGGAGGAGACAUCUCCAAUAUUGUGAUAGACAACAAGACUAAUAGCAUCAUCCUAGAAACUGAAUCUACUGACUCUGGAAAUGAAGAAAAGAACAAAAAACCUGGAACCCCGGGAACACCUGGUUCUAGUGACCUGGAAACAGCCCUUCGAAGGUUGUCGCUUCGGAGAGAGAACUACCUGUCGGAGAGGAAGUUCUUUGAAGAAGAGCAGGAAAGAAAGCUAAGAGAACUGGCUGAGAAGGGGGAAAUCCAUAGUGGCUCCAUUACUCCAACAGACAGUAUCAUGUCAUUGGGAACUCACUCCAGGUUUUCUGAAUUUACUGGAUAUUCAGGAAUGUCCAUCAGCAGUCGCUCAUACCUCCCAGAAAAGCUUCAGAUUGUGAAGCCCUUAGAAGGUUCCGCCACUUUGCACCAUUGGCAGCAGCUUGCUCAGCCUCAUCUGGGGGGCAUCCUGGACCCACGGCCCGGGGUUGUUACAAAGGGCUUCCGGACUCUUGACCUCGACAUGGAUGAAGUAUACUGCCUUAAUGAUUUUGAAGAAGAUGAGUCAGGUGACAUUACAUACAAGGGCCUAACUACCUCGACGCCGAUUCAGCACACCGAGACCUCAGGUGAGAGGUCCCAAGCACAAGUGACUGUUUCAGACAGCGAGAAUUACCCAAGUCGCUCUCAGGCUUUCCCAGAGGAGAUGCAGGAGCCCACGACUGACGAUGAUGAGGGGUCUGUACAUCAUCCUGGGAAGUGCAUGUCACAAACCAACUCCACCUUCACCUUCACCACCUGCCGCAUUCUACAUCCUUCCGAUGAGCUCACACGAGUCACUCCAAGCCUUAACGCAGCACCUACUCCAGCUUGUAGCAGCGUUGGCAAUUUGAAAGGCACCCCGGUGGCUACCCCUUGCACUCCUCGGCGUCUGAGCUUGGUAGAAUCCUUCACUAACCUUCGUGAGUCCACAACGACUAUGAGCACAUCCUUGGGGCUGGUAUGGCUACUCAAGGAACGGGGGAUAUCGGCAGCAGUGUACAACCCGCAAAGCUGGGACCGAGCGGGCAGGGGCACCCUCCUGAGCACGUAUGCUCCCAAAAUGGCUGCCAUUCCUUCCACUCCUCCCAACUCGCCUAUGCAGACACCCUCUUCUUCCCCGCCGUCUUUUGAAUUCAAAUGCACGAGUCCUCCUUAUGACAACUUCCUGGCUUCCAAGCCGGCCAGCUCCAUUCUGAAGGAGGUGAGGGACAAAAAGAACAUCAGGAACAGUGAGAGUCAGACUGAUGUGUCCGUCUCUAACCUUAACCUAGUGGACAAAGUAAAAAAGUUUGGAAUUGCCAAAGUAGUUAGCUCGGGCCAAACAGAAGCUCCUCCAUUAACUGAUGAACGGGGACCUCUUCUUUGUGGGGCACAACGGCCAGUGAAGGCCUUUGUUCCAGGAGGCCUUGUACAAGAAGGCCUGCCCUUGGGUUGUCCUUCUGUAACAAGUGGUAUUGGGGGCAUUCAGUUGAACAGUGGCAUUAGAAGGAAUCGAAGCUUCCCGACCAUGGUGGGUUCCAGCAUGCAGAUGAAAGGGCCAUCAACUUUAACACCUGGCAUCCUGAUGGGAGCUAAGCUUCCUAAGCAGACGAGCUUACGAUGAAUGACUUGGUAAAAUGGCUGGUCUUCUAAAGAGAUACCAACAAUCCUCCUUCAGACAUUUUUUUUUAAAAAAAAGAAAAAAGAUUUUUCUUCCAUUUGCUAUUGAGUUUGACAAAUCAACUUUGUGCCUAAAUGGGAAAAAAAGAGUGUAAACUUUGUACAGGAUGUAAAUAUGUACCAGAUGUAUUAUAAAUGAAUCAUGACACCGUUUUGACAAUUUAACAUGCUAACUUUUGAAAGGGUGUUUUGUUUUUCUUUGCACUGAAAAAAAAAAGGCAAUUCUUGGACAGGGAAAAAAACAGAUGAAUUCUCUAGUUAGCCUAGCUUGACAUUGGAAAUAGCCUCAUCCAGCAAGGAUUACUGCUCAUGUUAUCAGAAUUGCGGAAUAUCAGCACACAGUAACUCCCCUAAACACAAGGAGUCUUCGUCAUUCAUGAAGUGUUCCUCAAAACAUUAGCUUAGUGGUUUGACACUUUUAUUUUGCCUGUCUGGAGGAGAGAAAAUAUCCUAGCUCAUGGCUUGUAUGCCUAACUGAUUUAAAGGGUUUUUUUUUCCUUUCACAAUAAACUUGAAAUAAUAAUAUGUGUUGAGAAUGACUGCUAAGCCUGCUAGGUGCCUAGAAAGAGAACACGCCUCUGCUGCUGCUGCUGUUUCUAGCACGUUCAUGGUCUGUGUUUAGGAUUAUUUUCAGAGCUGCACUGGAGCGUGGAAGGAAAAAUGCUUUAAAUCGUGUUUUGUUGUGGACACUGAAAACACAUGCCUUGCAAACAAAA